AUGUAUCUGAACAACUAUGAACUCUACAGUUCCCGUGAGAGUCUUGAGAGUCGUCGCUCGCCACCACCACCAGACAGCCAGCUCCUCAAUCCUUUGGCAACUCUCUACCCACAUGUUGCAAACAUGCAGCCUCGGAACAGCACUUACAACUUUGAUGGCUACCGUGAUACAGGCUACUUUGUUGCCGCUUAUACCACAAACUCCAACCAGCCCUCUCCUUCAUCUCCAUCUCCGGCAGACAGCUGCCAACCACCAUACCGUCGCUUUGUCUCCAGACUCCGCCGACUGCUCAGCCGGGACGAUUUGAAAUCUCCUGGUCGUCGAUUGAGAUCGCGUCCUGAUACUGCGCGGCCUGAUACAGCCAGACCUUCCACUGCACGACCUUCUACAGCAUGGUCUAAUAUGGCGCGACCUACUACUGCACGACCUACCACCUCUCGGGGCUUGCAUGACCUAUUAUUCUAA